AUGUGGAAGGUAGUAGAACAGGGAGACUACAUUCCACAUGACAAUGUUGGCAGGGGGAUACCCAAGGGACGUUGGAAUGAAAAUCAAAAACAAAGAUUUAUACUAAACUCCAAAGCCAGAAAUGCACUCAUGUGUGCUCUAACCAAGGAAGAAUAUACCAAAGUACACAGCUUCAGGAGCGCCAAACAAAUUUGGGAUACCCUUGCCAUAACCUAUGAGGGAUCUAUAGAGGUAAAAUGCAACAAGUUAAGCUUGUUGGUCUAUGAACUCUUCGAGAUGGAGGAAAAUGAAUCUAUCCAAGCUAUGUUUGGAAGAUUUCAAACUAUUGUGAAUGAACUCUCUUUUCUAGGUAGGACUUAUGAUAAUUUUGAUCAUAUUGAAAAAUUACUUCGUAGUCUACCCAGGAAAUGGAGACCUCAGGUCAUGGCCUUGAGAGCAUUCAAGGAUCUUGAAAAGCUCUCACUGGAAGAACUAGUUGGACUACUCAAAGUCCUUGAGAUGGAGCUACAACAAGAUGAAGCAAAAAGAAAAUAG